GCUCCGUCGAGUCCAUAAAGCUUUGACCAAUGAGAAUUCUCCGCAUCUAGUCUGCUUAGUCACACUGUACCUUCCCGGCUAACCUUCGGUCGUUUGGACAGUGUCAAUCUUACAGAUGUCCACUGCUCCCAUUACCCCUGCUCAAUUGGGGAAGCUGUGGCGUCACAAGCUCCCGAGCUUUUCGAAAUGUUGAGGGCUGCAGCUUCGUGGCUUCACCUCAGUCCAUCGACCAGACGGCCGUGUUGAUUUGCGCACUGCUCGACACCACAAACAGCCACGAUGCCUCCAAAAGCAGCCCCUCGACCAAGGGAGUUCGUCCAUCCCGAAGCUGGACAUGCUCGGAAGAAGCCCCCCAGCGCUUUCGCUAUCGAGCCCAUCUCGGCAUUCUACUGCUUCCUGAUCGCCAACAUCAUCUCUGCUCUCUUCGCCCCGAUUCAAGACUGCGAUGAAACAUUCAAUUACUAUGAACCGACCCAUUACCUGUCCCACGGCUAUGGCCUACAAACGUGGGAAUACUCCCCCACCUACGCGAUUCGCAGCUGGCUAUACGUUGGUCUACAUGCCAUUGUUGGGAACAUUCGCCGCUUGAUGCCACAGUCCACCAAGGUCGGAGAGUUCUUCUUCAUCCGCUACGUACUCGCUUUCGGCUGCGCCUUGUGCCAGACCCUUCUCUUCCGUGUCAUUAGCCUCACCCUCAAUGCACGCAUCGGCCUGUUCUUCAUUCUGGCCACCGUCUUCAGCCCUGGAAACUUCCACGCAAGCACCGCCUAUCUGCCCUCCAGCUUUGCCAUGUACAUGGCCAUGCUGGGCGCUUCGUCCUUCAUGAACUGGCGGGGUGGUCUCAAGACCGCUCAAGGCAUCUUUUGGUUUGCUGUCGGUGCGGUGGUGGGCUGGCCCUUUGCCGCGGCACUCUGCGCGCCAUUCCUCGUCGAGGAGGCUCUCUUCGCUGCCUUGAGUGAUACGGACCGCUUGAUUGAAGCUAUCAUGCGCGUGGUGAGGGGCGUCGUUGCGGGCCUCAUUGUUCUUUUCUUCGAUGGCGUUAUCAAUACCUUCUUCUACAAGAAAAUCGAGGUCGCAGCUUGGAACAUUGUCAAGUACAACAUCUUCUCGGAGACCGGCGGCCCUGAACUGUACGGCACAGAACCUUGGACCUUUUACUUCCGCAACCUAACCCUGAACUUCAACAUCUGGUUCGCGCUUGCGCUCGUCUGCCUGCCUCUGUUCUUGCUGCAGAAGAUCGUUUCUCCCUCUGGCCAGGGAUUCCAGACCGGUCUUCGUGCACUGGUCUUCAUCUCGCCUUUCUAUCUGUGGCUCGGGAUUUUCACUCUUCAGCCUCACAAGGAAGAGCGUUUCAUGUACCCUGCGUACCCCUUCCUUGCCUUGAACGCAGCAAUGUCAUUGCACAUUGUACUUACCGCGCUCGGCAACUCCGAUCCAAAGACCCUCGUUGGCAAGAUCCCUGCCAAGCUCAAGCUGUCCUUGGUCACCAUCACCCUGCUACUGUCAUUCGAUAUUAGUCUUUCCCGAGUGUACGGCAUUUGGUCUGCCUACUCUGCCCCUUUGAGUCUUUACAAGCCUCUCGGAGCUGGCGUCAGUGGCCAACAAGGCCUUGGUGUGCGUGGCGACAAUGUCUGCUUCGGCAAGGAAUGGUAUCGCUUCCCGUCAUCCUACUUCCUGCCUCGCGAUAUGCACGCAAAGUUCGUUCGCUCAGAGUUCAGGGGCUUGCUCCCAGGUGAAUUCUCCGAGGCUCGCACUGGAUUCGGUUUCUGGAGCGGUACCUGGAUGCCAACGAAUGGCAUGAACGACAGAAACCAAGAGGAUAUGGGUAAAUAUGUCGACCAGAGAUUCUGUGGCUUCAUGGUGGACACACAAUACCCUGAACGAACCGCUCCCCUGCCUCCAAACGAGCCCGACUAUAUCGCUGAUGAAGAGAACUGGGAGAUUGUCAAGUGCAUCCCCUUCUUGGACGCGGAGAAUACCCAUGUUUUGGCCAGAGCGCUCUACGUGCCCAACCUUCCGUUCGUCCCAGAGCAGUUUAAGCGGAAAUGGGGCCGUCACUGCCUGCUCAAGCACAAGAAAUGAAGUGACCCUUCGUUAUGAUUGUACCUUUGAAGGCGGAUUCUUGAGCCAUCUUUUAGGAAAGCAUAAGGCUGUCUAGGGGGGCUGCCUUUGCAGUUAGGCCGGGCAUCUUGACCAAGGAUUGACAUGGCUCAGCAAUCAACUAUCCUGAUGGCGAUGCAGCCGUAUUUGUUACAACACGUAUCCAGGAUGUGAGAGAUCGAGAAGCUUCACGGGCAGAUAAUGUUUCAGAAAGACGAUGGCCAUAUGGCAGUCGCUGGGCACCACAACAGUCUGAGCACCGGAUCAACUCUCAGACUUCAUAGCUGGGACAAGGUCGUGAGCAGCAGGAAGAACUGUAGAGCAAAGCGCAAUCUCCUCCAGUCUUGAGGGGCCAAAGAGAUCGCCGGCAUUGUCUUGCAGGAAAUCACAUGAGGUCACCCAGAAGCUUUACAGAACAAGAUUUGAGUUCUGUGCCCAUCAAUAAAGAGCAUAAGUACAUCUAUUCACUACUGUGCAACCUUUCAAAUGCUCGAGCAUCGAUAUGCGUUUUUAUCAUACCUAGGACAUGAAAUUUCUAGAACGUCAUCAUGGAAGGCCAUUGACUGGACCUAAAAGAUGACCGACAAGCCCCGCUUCCAAACAGUCUUCUUCUUCUCAGUCCCUUCGUAGACAUCAUCGAGCUCCUCCUCGGGCCGUCUUCCCAUAUCAAGAUCAACGCUGUGCAAGUCGACGCCGAAGCCCCAAUCCUUGGUGUAGACCUUCCAAAACAAGAAGAGGGAGAUGGUGAUGGGAGCAGCCAAGUAUCCCUGAAAGAAGGAUUCUGCGCUCGGCUUCCCUCCGACGGGCUGUACAAGCAUGAGUAACAUAGUCAACAACGCUUGAAAAGAGGAAUGAGAUCUGCAGACUUACAAAGAGCGAAGAAUAAAACGUCGCAGCAAGCGAACAACAAACCAAAAACACACCAACAUGACUCCCCACCACACCCAGCGCAGACCUCCAGGGGAUAUCCUCGGGACUCCUCCCCUGCACCUUCCACGCCUUGCGGAAGCGGAUGUGCGCGAUCAUGAUGCUCGCGUAGGCAAACUGGCCCGAGAGACCCGUGACGGCGAGCAGCCAGUUGAAGACGGUCUUGCUGUCGGCGGCGACGGUGAUGAAGGAGAUGAAGCCGAAGGCGACCUGGAGCGCGACGCAGUAGAUGGGCCGGCCGGACUUGUCGAUCUUGGCGAAGAUGGAGGGGGCGCGGCCGGAUUGGGCGAGGGCUUGGAGGACGCGGGUUGAGCCGUAGGUGCAGCUGUUUGCGACGGAGAUGACGGCGCAGGUGAUUACUGUGUUUGGAAGUGUUAGAGUCACUUGAUGAUAUAGCUUGAGUGGUAUUCAGAACGGGUGUAUGGGAGAAGACGAGGAAAAUGAGAUGAUAUCAGACGUACCGCCGUUGAUGAUGUGAGGGAGAACUUGGAUGCCGGCGAGUUGGACGGCCAGAACAAAGGGGGAUGCCUUUGUAUUUGCGCCGCUGGCGCCGAGGAGAACGUCGCUGUCCGAGGGGACGAUGAGGCCCAUGAUGAAGAUGUUGAGGAUGUAGAAGAGGGCGAUGCGCCAGAAUACCUGGCGGGUGGCUUUCGGGAGGGUCUUGCGCGGGUUCCUGGCUUCGGCGGCUGCGAGGCCCACCAUUUCAGUGCCGCCAAAGGAGAAGGCUGGGAUAUUUUUUUGUUUAGUUUCCAGAGCUCUCGAACCAUUAUAGACUUUGACGUGGAUAUAGGGGCGGUAAUGUAGUAAGAGAAGGAGGUGAACUCACCGGCAGUCACGAAGACGGAGCAGAAUCCUUGGAAGCCGUUCCUGAAGGCGCCUGGGUCGUGCCAGUAUUGCGCGCCGAUGUAGCCUCUCGGGUCCGUGGGUACGCCGCCGGCGUUGAUGAUGAUGCCGAGGAUGAUGAAGCCGAUACAUGCGAUAAUCUUG